GGUGGGUGUAGCGUGGGUACGCCAUAGACGGAAGAAUCACAUCAAAUAUCUUCUCUUGGAGACAACUGAUGACUGUCAUCACAUGUCAACCGUCAGUGUAGCAAUCUAAGUUCUUUCUAGUCCCUACCAAAACGCCCCUGAACAGCUCUGAGUGACUAUUUUCGUGGAUGCUGACGCCACCACCACAAAAGUGACAGUUGUAUUUAAACAUCACAUGUGUGUUUUAAACAGCCAGAAAUUCCUCACACUCGAGAAUUGACUCGUCAAAGGCAAUGGCAGAUUCGUCAAGCACAAUAGUACAGCCGCCCAAGGACAGAAGGAACACCAUCACAGUUGCCCUGUCUGCACGAGCGUUGUUCGACUUGGAGGCAGAGAACAAGUUCUUUCAGGAGAAUGGACUAGAGGCGUACAUACAACACAUGGUGGAGAAGGAGAAUGAAGUCUUGGGAAAAGGACCAGCUUUUGAGUUUGUGGAGUCUGCUCUAGCUGUCAACGAUCGAAUCCGCAAACUUGACCCAAAAGACAACGAACUGUUUGAUAUCGUGAUUGUGAGCCGUAACCACGCCCAAGCAGCCAUCAGAAUUAUCAACUCCAUCAACCAUUAUGGUCUGUGUUUGGAGAGAAUCACCCUGGCUGGAGGAACAGACCCGACCGCCUACCUGGGAGCCUGGAAGGCUGACCUGUUCCUGUCUCCAGAUGAGAAUGAUGUCAGAAGUGCCAUUCAAGCAGGGUUCCCAGCAGCAGUGGUAUACAAGUACAACGGUGAAGACCUACCCAACGACCAGCUGAGGAUCGUGUUUGACGGGGACGCGGUUCUGUUCUCGGACGAGGCAGAGCGAGUGUACCAGCAGCGAGGGUUUCCCGCCUUUGUGGAAAAUGAGAGACAGAAGGCUGCGAUGCCCCUGGACGAGGGUCCACUGAGAAAGUUUGCGAGCAGAAUUGCAGCGAUCCAGGAGAAGUUCCACACAAGAGAAGUUCCGUGUCCCAUCCGUACGUACAUCCUGACAGCGAGGUCAGGCGCCAGCGCGGGAAAGCGUGCGAUCCUCACACUCCGCGAAUGGGGUCUCAAAAUUGAUGAGUGCACGUUCAAUGCAGGGGCCAGCAAGGCGGCCAUGUUGAAAGCGAUCAAUCCGCACCUGUUCUUUGAUGAUUCACAGUCGCACAUUGACGCCGCUCUGGAAGAAAACAUCCCAGCUGCCAGGGUUCUCUACGGCAUCAAGGAUGAGAAAGUUGAGGCCAAGCCAGCAGCAGAGAAGAGCAAAAAGCGUGGCAGAGAGUCGGUUGAGAGCGAAGGAGCAAAGGGAACAUUAAAGGAACAUUUUCCUGUUAAGAAGACCAAGUCUUACUAGUAGUCUUUUCAACUGGAAAGUUUGGGUGCUUGGUGAGAAAAUAAUAUUUUAACCUUGUUCUUUGCAAUGGACUGCAAUAUUACAUUCAAGUGUUAAUCAUUGAGACUUAAAGUAAGCAUACCAUUUAUGUAUGAUAUAUAUACUCAUAUAGAUCAGGCCAUAACUUUUACAUGCAGUAUUGUAUGUAUAUGCCAGACUUUAUCAUUCCAACUUGUAUAAUGUUUCCUUUUUAGACAUGAAUUUGACAAAUUUUAUGAAAGAAAAAAGAGAAGACUAAAUCUAAUGUCUUUUUUACAACACUUGAUGGUGUAGAAUUCUUUCUUAACUACAUGUAAUGUUAUCAUGCAUAGUGUAUUUUAGUAUCCUUUUCAGCAUUAUCUAUAUCAAAUAUACGCAUUUUAUAUUUAUAAGGUAGUUGACAUUUCAGCACUAUUUUAUAUUGUUACUUUAUAUACUACAUUAAUGUUCAGGUUAAGUAGUUUAUAUUUCAAUACUAUGAUUUUAAAAAGCAUAUCUGAAUCACAACUAACUAAGUAUUGUAUAUCGGAUUCAUAUAUCUUGGUGAAAGAGGGCACAGAGACAAUGGUAUGAAGUUAUUGAUUUAAUGACAAUAUCAUUAUAAUGUACAAAUGGUCUAGCUAGUAAAAUUGAAAUAUAACUUUGAUGAAAAAUUUCUACCUAAUUCUAAGAAUCUUAACAGAACUUGAAUGUUCCAAAGUUACAUACAUGUAUUAUAUUUUGAAGUGUAACCAUGGUACCUGAGUGGUUGGUUGACCAUAUUAAAUAUCCUGGCUGAAGAAAAAAAAUAUUACUUUGAUGGUCAUUUUCUCCUUAACAUUUUAGAAACAAUGCCAUGCUUUUGUGCGUUCUUCAUUUCAUCUGACUUAAGUUACGAGGUAACAUUGCUAUACUUGUGCGUACAUUUUCAAAGAAGAAAAGUUUGAA